CCCAGGGCCCCCCCCCCUCCCGUCAAGGGAGCUGGCCUUGGGUAGGAAAAAGGUGUUUCCUGUGCAUCUGCUGACACAAAGCUCCUGGGGAGCCGGCGAGGUGGGAUGGCAGCCAGCAGCGGUUCAAAGGCCAGCCUGGGGAAGGCCACGUCCCCAUGGAGAAUGUGGAGACCCCACCUCUCAGCCCCUGCCAGGGGGUUGGUUGGCAGCGCCAUGGGGCAGCUCACGAGGGUUGGGGCAGGAAGAGGCAGUGGACACCUCAUGUGGGUUGGGGGGACGUUGGCUAAAACAGCUUUUGAGGGCAAUGGAGGAUGGCACAAGGGGAGCGGGACGACCACAGGUGGGAUGUCCAGGUAGGCACCAGUCCAUGCGUGGCUGGUCUGAGCCUCUGGAUACCCAUGUCUGCUGCUAGGGUGGUGGCAAGGGCCAAAAAUAGCCCUUUUCAGCGGCAUUCCCUGCCUCCCCCUCCCCGCCGCACCCCUGACGUCUGGAUCGGGGCGCCUCCUCCCACAUUUCCUCAGGAAGAAACCCAAGGCUGGUGGGAGGAAGAGGCCGCUCCGCAGGAGGGACAGGACGGGACAGACGGACACCGGCGUGGGGCUGAGGAGCUGCUGGGACUUGGGCCGUCGUGCUCCGCCGGGAUGGGGAGCGCCCGGCCCAUCCUCUUCCUCCAGCUGUGGCUGUGGGUGCAGAGCUCUGCCCAGGAGCUCGACCCCGACGGCAGGAAUGUCUGCAGGCUCCCCGCCGGCCCGGCGUGCUGCCCCGGCUGGAAGCAGGAAGGGCAGGAGUGCACGGCCGCUCUCUGCGAGGGGGAGGAUGCCUGCAAGGAGGACGAGGUCUGCGUGAGACCUGGGGUUUGUCUCUGCAAACCCGGCUUUUUUGGAGCAGACUGCAGUUCCCGCUGCCCUGAGCAGUACUGGGGUCCCGACUGCAAGCGGACCUGCCCCUGCCACCCCAACGGGCGCUGCGACCCUGUGAGCGGGCACUGCACCUGCGACCCCAACCACUGGGGAGGGCUCUGCCAGUUCCCCUGCCAGUGUGGCCCCCACGGCCGCUGCGACCCCCUCACCGGUGCCUGUCGCUGCGAGCCGGGCUGGUGGGCACCCACCUGCAAGAAGCAAUGUCAGUGCAACCCCGCCAGCUCCCACUGCGACCCCCUCACCGGGCACUGCCGCUGCCUGCCGGGCUGGUGGGGCAGGAGGUGCAGCUUCAAAUGCUCCUGCAACCUCUCGCCCUGUGCCCAGGAGACGGGCAAGUGUGAAUGCAAGGCUGGGUUUUGGGGGCCGGCCUGCCAGCGGCGCUGCGACUGCUUGCACGGCUCCUGCAGCCCCCUCAGCGGCCACUGCAGCUGCAUCCCCGGCUACCAGGGCAGGAGCUGCCGGGAGCCCUGUCCAGCGGGGAAAUAUGGGUCCCAGUGUGUGCACAGCUGCGGGAACUGCAAGCGCAGCCAGCCCUGCUCACCCGUGGAUGGCUUCUGCCUGGCCUGCCAGCCCGGCUGGAACGGGACCCUCUGCAAGGAGCCCUGUGCCCCCGGUUUCUACGGCGAGGACUGCCUCCAGCCGUGUCCCCGCUGCCGGCAAGGGGAGGUCUGCGACCCAGAGACCGGGUCCUGCCAGCACUGUGAGCCCGGCUGGACGGGACCCAGCUGCAACAGCUCCUGCCCCGCGGGCACCUUCGGCGAUGGAUGCCAGUUCCUCUGCCCCGAGUGCGUUGUGGGGAGCUGUGACCCCGAGUCAGGAGCUUGUCUCUGCCAGGCUGGGUACUGGGGAGCCAGCUGCAACGACACCUGUCCGGAGGGGUAUUUUGGAGUGAACUGUUCCUCGCCCUGCCAGUGCUCCCGGGGGACCUGCCACCCUGUGCGGGGUGACUGCGUGUUGAGUUUGAAGGACCAUGGGGCCCUCGCAGCCGCCAUCCUUGUUCCUCUCCUGCUGCUCCUGCUCUGUGUCACCUGCUGUUGCUGUGGAGCUGGCCCAGCAGAUUCUAGAGACAGGGCGGCCGUGCCAGAUGAUGACGUGGUGGCCAGGAUGAAGCACCACGUGCGGGGGGUGAUGGCCAACCUCAGCGCUAUGAUGCCCUGCUUUUCCCUGGGCGGCUACAAACUUCCCAAAGUCACAGUUUCCCACCACGACACAGAAAUCCCCUUCAACCCGAGCUUCAUCGAGCCGCCAUCAGCUGCGUGGGCUUCAGACAGCUCCUUCUCCUCCUUCGACACCGACAACGAGGGACCCGAGUACUCUGUUCCUCCCAGAGAAGGCAUCCCGCUGCUGGGGGGGGCUGAGCUGCAGGAUGGGGCAUCCCCCCCUGCCGAGGUGCUCCCAGACCCAUCUGCCUUCGACUCCGAGGACGUCUCGCAGCCCUUUGCCAUCCCUCGCACCUCCAGCCUCGCCAAGGCCAAGCGGCCCUCCGUGUCCUUUGCCGAGGGGACGAAAUUUGGGGCAGCGGAGACCCCAAGCCUCGGGCGGAAGCCCAAGACCCCGUGGGGCCCAUCCAAGCUGUCCUCAGCGCCGGGGGACACAGCAGCUGAGCCCCCCGCUGAACAACCAGCCAGCGAUUGCUACGAGACCCCCGAGCCCCUUAGCAAGGUGGAAGAAAGCCACCGGCCAUCACCCCGGCCCACCCCAGGGGGACGCCGGCGGGUGGUCUCUGGCACCAGGCAUGUGGCCCAGAGAGUGGAGGCGCUUGAAGCGGCUGCAAAAUCUGGCAGCUGGGAAGCAAAAGGGAAGGACCCCAACGUCACCACCAUCUACAUGAUGGUGGGAACAGCCGGGCAGGACCCCAAGGUGGAGGGUGGUGGCGAGGGACCGGUCCAGGCUGUGCUCAAGCGGCUGGGCAGCUUGCAGAAGGGCAAAUGGGGUGCGAAGGAGGAGCCCAAGGUGAGGAGGAGCAUUGAAGCCAUCCAGAAACCACCCCGCCGGGCCCUGGCGCAGGGCAGAGACUCGGUGAAUAGUUGCAAGCAGAGGGAGAGUGUCCCAGGGGCUCUCACUGAGUCAUCCCCUGGCAAGAACCAGAAUCUCCCUGGGAAGAGACGGUCCUUCCUUUUCAUGUCUCCCUCGCCAAAAAGCACCGGGGCACAGGAUGGGGCUGGAGAUGCUGCAGGUGCCACAGACAGGAGCAAAAGUCCUGAGUUAGCCCUUAGCCUGGAAACAAAGGGACAGGCUGUCCCAGAGGAAGAGCCGAAAUAUGAGAAUGUGACCAGCGGCAGCGCCGAUUCCACCCCCAGCCCCGCCGAUGAGCCACCGGCCACCCCUGUGGCCACCUGAGCCACCACAGCCUGGGCUGGGGCAGCAGGAGCCCAGGAGGCCCCUCUGACCCCAGUGUGUGGGGAGCCAAGGUCCUCCUCCCAGUUGUGAACUGGACACACAUCGAGCCCAUUCACCCCCUUUCCUCUGCGCUGUGUUGCUGGCAUGGACCCUCAGGACAGGUGACGCUGAGAUCCUCAGCGGUGGCAGCCCCACGGGGUUGCAGUGCUUCAGGGCUGUUUUCUGCCCACCCUGCCCUGUCUGUCCCAUUUUGUGUCUGCCACAGUCUGGAGGGACAGCGAUGCUAUGGAGGAAGUGGUGGCAUCUUCUGGUCCCUGUCGGCUCAGGGGGACACAUCCUCCUCGUAAAUGGAAGUGGGGCUGCUUGGAGGCUCAGCUGGGAAAUGCACAGGAAAAAAAACAGUUUCACCCCAUCAGCUUUCGCCUUUCCCUGUCCCAGCUCCACUAAUGCUGCUCGGAGCCUCUUGCUGUAAAGGUGCUUCUUGCUGGAGGGGAUUAUUUUGUGGAGCUGGGCUGGAGGGAGGUGACGGGCUGUCACAAGCAGGUUCAGCGAAAAUUAAUAUCAGCUGCUUAUCUCAAAAGGGAUCUGGGUCUGCAGGGGUUUAUCCGUGUGGCUCUGGCUGCUUUCGUUUCCAUGUACAUGCGCAGCACAUGCAAAAGCUCGUGGCACGGCACGGGGUUUAUCGACGGCCUUUUAAACUCCACGCGAUACCAAGCUGCAAUUGUGCAAGAGCAGACGUGGCAGCUGGGCUGUGACCAUCAACCUGUGCACCCAGUGCUGUUCUAGCCCUGAUAAGGACAAAAGUUACCCAGAAAAUGGUAUUUCCCUGGGUGCCUGAAGCUCCUACUGGCUCCCCCGCCUUGCUCCUGCUGCGGCGUCGCAUCGCCAUGGGUGGCUGAGAUGCAGUGAAGGUGCUGCAGCAUCACCACCUCACCAGGAGGACCUCGGGCUGCCCGAGUGAGAUGGGAACAAAGUCUCUGCCACCCAAGGCAGGCGAGACGCCAACGAGGAUUUGCAGCACGAACCGGUUGUAGAUGUAUCUAAGUGGUAGAAGUUUCUUGUAUAUUUUUCUCUUCUUUCACAUGGCAUGAAAGCCUCUGAAUGAAAAUUAAAUGUUACCAAAGCCCUUCA